AUGCGAGGCCGUUCUGGCCGCUGUCGAGCGCGUGCGCAUCUGCAGUCUUUGCUGGCUUUGCUCUGCUCUGCUCUGCUCUGCUGCCGACGGCUGAUGCGCGUGCGCGAACCAGCCAAAAAGAAGAAGAAGAAGAAGAGAGGCCACAAAUCGACUCCCGAUCUCGCCGAUGGCGCCGAUGUGGCGAGUCGCGUAAAUGGAUCGCGCACGCGCGUUUCGCACAAGACCAACACUUUGGCCAAAGAGGCUCAGUCGGCGCAAAGGGUGGAGGAGCUUCUUCCUCACCAUCCAAGCUCAACAUGCUCAGCUCAGCCUCGUUCGGCCGUCAUGUCGAUCCUGGCCAUCUCGGACGUCCCCUGGCUCUCCAAACGCAUCAAGGCAUGCUGUCGACGCGCCAAGCUGUUUAGCACGCACGAGCUCCUCCUCACACCCCCGCUCCACCUCCAACAGGCGCUGCGACUCGCCCCAGCCGACGUCGAGCUGCUGCUGCUCCAGGUGGCGACCGCGGCCAAAGCUUCGACAAUCUCUGUGCUCGAUGCGCUGAAUGGCAUUGCACCCCCACCGCUUGGCGACGACUUGUUCGGGGAGCACACGGAUGAUUCGAGCGAUUCGCACACCGACGACGAGCCGAUCGACGCGAGGCUCGUGCCGCCCACACAGGGAUACGAUGGCAACUUCCCCGGCGCACACCAGUUCGUAUACGACUCCGAAGACGACGACGACAGCAGCGCCGCGAUUGACAACGACGAUGUCGAACCCACGCGGCCACUCGAGCGCCAUCCCGACUGGCACGAUUCGGCGCCGGCACAGACUAGCGAUGCGCUUGUGCAUGGCCGCCCACGUCACGUCUACACCACCGGCUCGCCCGAACUCGACGCGCUGCUUUCGGGCGGUCUACGAUCCUCCCUCCUCACCGAGAUCGUGGGCGAGAGCGCAUCGGGCAAGACGCAGAUCGCCAUCCAGGCGUGCGCCUUUGCCGCGCUCGGACUGUCCCCACUCGCAUCCUCAAUCCCACCUCCGUCCCAGCAAAGUUUCGACGACGGCGUAGGUGUAUGCUACAUCACCUCGAGUGGCGAGCGAGCUGCACACAGCAUCGUGUCGCGUGCACUAGAGCUAGCCUCAUCCGCCAUUCGCCACCGCUUCCACCUACACCCGAAUGCGGACGAGGUGGAGCGCGCGGUGGAGCUUGGUCGCGCGCAACUUUUGCGCAACCUGCACGUGGCGUGCGUCGCGGACAUUGAGGCUCUCGACCACGUCUUGCGCUACCAGCUCCCCGCCCUCACCUCUCGCACCGACAUCGGCAUGGUAGUGGUGGACAAUCUACCCGCACUGUUUCAGGACGACCCUGUAGCGGGCGAUAUCGACUCGCUCGUCCACCGUUCUCGCUGGCUCGUCGACGUUGCCGAUGCACUCAAGCGCACCUCGGCGGCUGUGGUGGUGAUCAACCAUGUCAGUGACGCCUUUGGCAUCGACAAAGACCUCGCGCGUCGCUUCGUCUUUGAUUCGGCCUCGCGCACCAGCCGCCGCACUGACGUCGUGGCGGAUCAUCCAGCAGCCAUGGAGUACGCCGCACAGUCCGCCUACACUAGUGGACUGCUCGCCAGCGUUCCACCUACCCUAGCUGCAGCCAUGACCACCACCACCACCGACUCCGACUCUCCACUCUACACGCUCCAUCCACGCACGGCACAACUCGGACACACUUGGACCAACCUCAUCCACACUCGGCUCGUUCUUACCCGCACAAACGGUCGCGUCAAAGAUCCCAACGACGACAAGCGAUACACCCACGUACGCAAGGCCGCCGUCGUACUCAAUCCUGCCGGACCGUCCAUGUUCGACCUACCCGCAUCGCAGGCGCAUUUACGAUUCAUCGUCACCCCUGCCUCGGCCGUACACGCACUCGCACCCUACACGCUGCACGACUCGUAA